CCUCUCUCUCUCUCUGCAUGUCAUUUGAUCAGAGCGGAAAUCAACAAUGGUCUCUGGGCAACGUGCUUCACCUCACACAGAGUGUCCUGUUGCUUUCGCCACGGUCCAGAAUGGCUGCAGGUCUGGAUUCCUCCGAGCCCUUCUCCACAGAAGCACGAGUGAUCAGGAGGCUAAACUCCAGUGUGUGCAGGGCAGGAAGGAGUAAUGAACCGGGAAGCGGCCUUACAGCCUCCCAGCAGCAAGUCGCCCUGGCUCCUUUUCGAAGCGAUGUCCCCCUGCUGGACCCUUGCAGCGGCCAGCUGAGCGCAGGAGCCGAGGUGCACCAUGGGAUACGAGGCCGGCCGGGCUUCGUAGGGCUGGCCCCGUCACGACGGCUCCCGGCGGGGCUGAGGAACAGGCCUCAAACGGCUCCCUCAGGUUCAGCCGCUCCCAUUGACAUUCAGCUACAGUCACCGAGGACGCCAGCGAAAGCAGCAACCCACGACCGUCAUCCUGCUAAACACGGCGGACAUCUGGCGACCUCCUCCUCUGACCUGAGCUUUUGGAGCGAUGACUCAGCAGCAGUUCAACGCUACAUUUACACUUCUGCCACUCAGAGGAGCUAUGAGGAGGUACACUGGGCUGCAAAGUUCCCAGGAUGCUUCAGUGCAGCUGAAGCCACCCUGGAAAGGCUUGCCGACCCUGUGAGUGACCGAGUCUCUAGGCGGCGCUACGACAGCAGGCCUCAGCUGUGGCAGUCUGUAGGUGCUGAGUGGAACAGACGACAGCUUCGAUCCAGGAGCGAUGCCAAGAAACCCAUUUCAUUCUGCAGUAGAUACGCAAGAUCGGGUCAAAUCCCCUCAUUCACCGGCACGAUUGGCUCAGAGAACAUGGAAGACAUCGACAACAUGGAGAAAGAUUUUCACCCCCUGACCGUGAAGAGGAGCAUCAUUCCCUCGUACACCCUGAAAGCACACCGAGCCACCAUCCCAGGCUACACAGGCAAAGGUGUCUAUGCAACCCCUGCUGCUACUGCUGCCUCCUUCUCUGGAGUGACCAGAGGAUCUGAGCGUGCAGCUCCGCUGUCCAGGAUGGUGACCGCCGUGACGCCCUGCAACCCCUACCUGAGCGCCCGGCCUCCCGCCUCCCGAGCCACCAGCUGGAGAGACGUCAGCCCUGUGAAGAUGAGAAAGUUUUGAAGCCCUCAUCUUCCUCUUUGUGCCAUCCAAUCAGCUCAUAUGAAAGGGGCUAUAAGUGUGUGAUGUCGGUGGCUGAUUCGGAGUCAGUUGGAGAAUAAUGAGCUCCUCCAUUACCAUAAUUUCCCUGAUUUAGAUGAGUGGUUUUCUGACUCUGGGUAGUGAGCAUUUGCAUUGUCCUCCUAUACAUCAGCUCUCUCUGUCGUUCAGUGUGUGUGUGUGUGUGUGUGUGUGUGU